AUGUCAAGGUCCACCCACUCCCCCAACCUCCACCCUGGUCUCCCGAGAGAGGCGUUGCGUCGUCCCUUUUUUUUCCCCUCCCCCUUCUUCUCAUGGACAGGCAUCGUCCUUGAUCUCCGGGUCGUCCGCAACUACCAUGGGGCAAUUAGUAUAUUAAGGUUCACGGCGCGCAUCCCUCAUCCCAUCCGUUCUUCUCUCUCCAUCAAGCAUUCCGACUCGGGACACACAAAGAGGUUGCCGAUCCUAAUUCACCCUCCCGCCCCCCUUCUUCCUUGGUUCGUCGCUCUCUUCUUCAAAGAAGAGAUCAAGGAUCCGCGCAGUAACUAUGAAGUGGUCCAAGGGCCUCUCCUCCUCGGGCUGUUCGCGGCCGCCGCUCAGGCGACCCCGACCUCGAACUGCAAGUGCUACCCCGGCGAGUCUUGCUGGCCUGCCCAGUCUAAGUGGAACGAGCUCAAGACUUCCGUGGGCGGCAGACUCUCGACUGUCGCGGGUGCCAAUGACCCGGCCAAGUGCGCCGAGGUCACUGCUAAGUGGAACGACCCUGACUGGGUAGCUUCUCUCGGCACCUGGCCCAUGCUGCCCUUCUGGUCAAACUCGACCUGCUAUCCCAGCAACUCGGGCAGCUGCACUUCGGACUGCAAGCAGGGUGUUGUUCCCACCUAUGUCAUCAAGGCUACCAAGGUUGCGGAUAUCCAGGCUGGUGUUAAGUUUGCCAACAAGUACAACCUCCGCCUCAUCAUCAGGAACACUGGCCAUGACUUCAUGGGCCGCUCCACCGGCUACGGCGCUCUCGUCAUCAACACCUGGCGCCUCAAGGACAUCACCCUCCACAGCUCGUGGAGCUCGCCCGGCUCCACCUACACUGGCAAGGCUGUCACUGCCGGCGCCGGUGUCAUGAUUCACGAACUCUACAGCAAGGUCUGGGCUGCUAACCAGGACGUGCUCGCGGGUGAAUGCCCCACUGUCGGUGUCGCUGGCGGUUAUGUCCAGGGUGGCGGCCAGGGACCCCUCUCUGGCAUCUACGGUCUCGCCUCGGACAAUGCGCUCCAGUUCACCGCCGUCCUGGCCGAUGGUAGCGUCGUCACCGCCAACCACAGGUCCGCGACCGAUCUCUUCUGGGCUCUCAAGGGUGGCGGCCCCGGUACUUUUGCCGUCGUCACCUCGGUCACCUUCAAGACCUUUAACCGCGUGCAGGUGUCUGGCAUGUCUCUUAACAUUGUUGGCUCCGGCGACACUUUCUGGGAGGGAUACAGGAUCUGGCACACUUUCGGCCCCGAGCUCGUGAAGCACGGUAUCUAUGUUUGGUAUGCCGCCUCUGAGGGUAACAUCAUUGCCCAGCCCUUCGUCGCGCCCGGCAAGACCAAGGCCCAGCUCGAGGCCAUUGUCCAGCCCAUGCUGAACAGCCUCACUGCCGCCAACGUGACGUACACUGCCUCGCCCGUGCAGACCUUCCCCAACUUCGGCACUCUCUACAACGAGAUGUGGUUCACCGCGUACCACGCUGCCAACGGCCAGGCCGGCUUCGGCGGCCGUCUCAUUUCGCUCACUGACGCGGUCAACAACGGAGACAACAUCGUCGCCGCCUUCCGCGAGGUUCUCGCCAAGUACCCUGCAGUUGGUUUCGGCGGUCACCUUGUCAACCCCGGUAACGCCGUCCCCGACCCCAACCAGGAGCUCAGCGCCGUUCACCCCGUUUUCAGGAAGACUGCCGACGUGCUCGUCUACCUCUACUUCCUCGAGGAUUGCCUCUCGGCCAGCAGGCGCGCCGAGGGAGACAUCAACGAGCCCAACUGGCAAAACGCCUUCUGGGGCAACAAGGUGUACCCCAAGCUCCUCAAGAUCAAGGAGAAGUACGACCCCAACCGUACCUUCUGGGUCAAGUCCACUCCCGGCUCGGAGAAGUGGAAGCUCGUCAACGAGAGGCUCUGCAAGGCGUAA